AUGAUUGUAAAGGAGCAUGCUGUUGGUACUGAACUGGUGAUGAGUAAUGUCAUUGGGGAGGAGGAAAUUGAUUUUUCUUGUGAUCCAUACGUAGGGUUGGAGUUUUUCAAUGCGGAUGAUGCACUUAGGUAUUAUAUAUCAUAUGCUACUCGAAUGGGAUUUAAAGUUCGUAUUGGUCAGCUUUAUCGGUCCAGGACUAAUGGAUCGGUUUCUUCUCGAAGAUUUGUGUGUUCGAAGGAGGGACAUCAGCUCAGCUCAAGAACUGGCUGUCCAGCAUUCAUAAGGGUGCAGUUAAAUGAUUCUGGGAAGUGGGUUGUUGACCAUUUUCACAAGGAGCAUAACCAUAAUCUUGAAAAUGAAAGUGAAAAUUUCGCUCCAACGUUGCAGCCGAUAGCUUCUGCCACGGUUGAUUCUUCAACCGGAAUCACUCGCAGGCCAAGGAAGAAAUUGCUUGAAGUAGGCAAUGGUGAACCUAUUUCUCCUUUUGGUGUUAUUAAUUUCAAGCGUCUGAGAAAAGAAGAACUUGAAGGACAGGCCAGGAUCGAACCACAUGUUGGUCAAGAGUUCAGUAGCCCUGUUGAAGCCUACCAAUUUUAUCACACCCAUGCAGCAUAUAAGGGUUUUAGAAUUCGAAAUGGUCAAUUGUUUCGUUCUAAAAAUGACGGGGGUAUUACAUCACGACGCUUUGUGUGUUCAAAAGAAGGGUUCCAGCACCCUUCAAGAGUUGGUUGUAAGGCCUAUUUAAGGAUUAAGAGACAGCCAUCAGGAAAGUGGGUAGUCGACCGUCUUGAAAAAGAUCAUAAUCAUGACCUGGUCCCUGAAAAGGAAACUAGGACAACAAGUCUUCCUGCUUCUAAUAUUUUAACUGAGGUGGUAAACACUGAAAUGGUGAACAGCGACAUGUUUAGGAUAGAUAACUACCCUGUCCUGAGAGGAGGUAGACAAAACCACAUCAGAAGUGAUUGGUAUAACAUGCUUUUAGAGUAUUUUCAGUCAAGACAAGCUGAAGAUACAGGUUUCUUUUAUGCCAUGGAAGUUGAUAAUGGUAAUUGCAUGAGCAUAUUCUGGGCUGAUGGCAGAUCUAGAUAUUCAUGUAGUCAAUUUGGCGAUGUCCUCGUUGUAGACACGUCGUAUAGAAAGAGCCUCUCUAUGGUACCAUUUGCUACUUUUGUGGGGGUUAAUCACCACAAACAACCUGUCCUUCUUGGAUGUGCUCUAAUUGCUGAUGAAUCUGAGGAGUCGUUCACUUGGCUGUUACAGACAUGGCUAAGAGCAAUGUGUGGUCGGCAGCCUCUGUCAGUAAUAGCUGAUCAAGACGUUUCAAUCCAGAGAGCAGUAGCAAAAGUAUUUCCAGUAACCCAUCACCGCUUUUCAUUGUGGCAAAUUAAUGCAAAGGAACAAGAGCUUGCAGGUCUGAUGGGUCAUGGAUUCACAAAAGAUUAUGAAAAGUGUGUUUACCAGAGCCAGACAGUUGAUGAAUUUGACACCGCGUGGAAUGCUCUACUCGUAAAAUAUGGAUUGAAGGACAAUUCUUGGCUAAAAGAAAUGUACGAGAAACGUGCAUCCUGGGUUCCGUUCUAUAUAAAGAGCACAUUUUCUGCUGGAAUUCCUUUGAAAGAAAGCAUGGAAUCAUUCUUUGGUGCACUUUUAAAUGGUCAAACACCUCUCCCAGAGUUCAUUCAACGGUACGAAAGAGGUCUUGAGCGACGUCGUGAAGAAGAAAGAAAAGAGGAUUUUAACACUUCUAAUUUUCAAACUUUUUUGCAAACAAAAGAACCUGAAGAAGUCAAAAAUCCGUGUGUUUCACGUCACACAAAAGUAGAUGACAAUGCAGGAACGGGCGAAACAGAUUUGUUAGCUGCAUUUGAUGCACAUGUUAAUGAUCUCUCAGCUUCAUGUCGUGCUCGUGCAGAAGUAGAUGACAAUAUAGUGUCAAAACCUAAUGGUGUGCAAGUAGUUCACAAAUCAGCGUUCGAAAUGCCAACUUCUGCCUCAGCUAAAUACCCUCAAUUUCCUGAACUAGUUAAUGGAGUUAUUUUCUGUAGUCUAAAUACCGAGGACCCAGUAGUUCCAUCCAAUGAAGAUGUUUUUCUACCCUCUAAUGAGCAUCCCCCAACAAUGUUUUCAUCUGAACCAGCUGUUACAAAAUCCAAUAAACCAGUUCCAUCAUCUGUUAAUGAUUGUGGAUUUAGAGCUAACAGAAGAGGUAAAGUUUUGACGCAGGUUGAACAAAAAAACUCCAUAGGAGCUCAUGUGCCUUCCCAGACAACAAGAGCCCGAGGGAAUUCAGGGCCUGUUUGUGGUUCGAAAAUACAAUGCGAGUUAUCUAAUAACCAUUCAUCACACAGUGCAGUUAUUGCUUCCCGUGGCUUAGGUGGAAGCAACAGUUUAACAAACAAAACUCAUGCUGCUCUACAUGCAAAUCCUGACGAAAAGCUUGGCAAUGUUAGCUUCGUAAAUCAUCUAAGCAAUAAUGUGACAAGUUUGUCACAUGAGAAACCAGCCCUCGGAAAGGGCUUCAUACAUCAGGUCCAACCUAAUGGUUCUUGCUUGAAACAGGAACAAAAUGUAGCUUUGCCAGUUGAAUAUAAUAAGUUGCAACAUGCUGAAAUGGGAUUUACAGAAGUUCUAGUGUAG